GGCAUUAUGGUUGAACGUGAUGGACGUAUGUCUUUUUUCAACCCAACUUACUAUGUUACUAUGUUCUGCACAUGUGGAAGGAGCAGUAGUAAAUGGCUUCACAUGUUUUUAUUGCAGCAAUAGUCUCAGGGAGAAGUAGGUUGGUCAAAAUACCUGACCUAGCAUUUUAUCUGAAUGUAUGGGAAAUGAUCUCUUUGCUACAUGAUCCACCAAUUGAGUAUCAGCAGAUUAAAUUUUCAAAUAUUUGAUUAUCUGCAAUCAUAGGAUCACAGGGUGGUUUAUCAAGAAAUGGACCUGGCAUAUAUGACAAGAUGGUAAGGGACAAACUGCCCACCAAAUCUAAUAUAUGGCCAGCUUUUAGAGAGUCAGGCAAACAAGAGUUUUAAAAGAAAGGAAGAGGGUAGAUGAUAACAUGCAGACUCUGGCAGAUUAGCACACCACAGGGAGAGUGGGAAACUGAAAUAAUAAUAAAAUACAAUCAAGGAAAUGUACGGAAAUAUAACAUAAUCCGGUGCCCUUACUGAAACUGUGCUUCAUUCCUCACAUUGCUGAAUGUGUCAGUAAUGUAAUUACAACUUGUCCAAUUGGUGUCCAUGUACAGCGAACAAAUAUGUGGAACGAAUAAUGCAUGUGAACUUAAAGGGCUCAAGUGUACUUCAGUAGGGCUAUCGGAUUUCUCUGCGUAUAAUGCCCUGAAACCAAUCUGUGAGAUUUUUAGCUCUCUAUGCAAUAAACACACUGUAAAACAAAGUUUUCCUUAAGACCUGUAUCCUUUAGACAAUUUAGCACAUGAAAAUGGAAUGUGCCAACGUAAAUAUUUCCCGUUACAAGGAGAAAAAAAAUAAAUCCAUAAUCCCACUGCAAAGGCGAUGUCGCCCCUCUCUCACGCUGAGCAUGUGACGUUCUAUAGUGGUCACUGAGGUCAUAUCACUAUGAAUCUUAACAGUGGUCUUGAAGCAGCCAAUAUGCUGGAUGAGAUGAUGCAACUGACUGCCCAAACGCUGACCAGUAUGGAGGUGUCGGAUAACUACAAAGUCAUAAAAGAGCUAGGAAGGGGGAAAUAUGGACAGGUGAUAUUGGUGAUCCAUCGCCAGAGAGGAACACCAAUGGCUCUGAAGCUUCUUCCAAAGAUGCACACCAAAAAGCAAAAUUUCCUCUAUGAAUACUGUGUUGCGCUAACCCUCUCAGCCCACACAAACAUCAUUGGCAUGUUCGGAAUUGCAUUUGAGUCUGCAGAACAUUAUGGGUUUCUGUAUGAAGCUGCUCUGCAGAGGGAUCUGAUCUCCAUUAUUAAACCCAGAGAAGGAGUACCUGAACAAGCAGGCAAGCAAUGUACUAAGCAACUGGUCAGUGCCCUUGAAUUCAUUCAUAGCAGAGGACUGGUCUAUCGAGAUGUUAAACCAGAGAAUGUGCUACUCUUUGGCCGGGACUGCCAGCGCAUCAAGCUCACAGACUUCGGUUUAACUCGACCCCGAGGCACAAUGCUGAAACUGGUAUCAGGAAUUAUCCCUUAUACUGCACCCGAACUAAGUAACACCAGGAAUGGGGAAGGAAUGCCCAUAGAUUUUGCUCUUGAUUCUUGGGCUUUUGGGGUUCUUCUCUUCUGUCUCAUGACAGGAUAUUUUCCUUGGGAGAAAACACUUCCUUCUGACCCAUUCUUUGAAGACUAUGUGGUGUGGCAAGAAACAGGCAGCAGCGAAGACUUAUCCCGUCAUUGGAAGAAACUGACUGCAGAGUCUAUGGACAUGCUCAGCAAGUUAAUGGCUCUGAAUCCAUCUGAAAGAAGCCCUGUCAACAAGGCCUUAAAAUAUUUGGACUCUCCAUGGAGAGUUGACAACUGGAGAGCAAUAGAAGGACUGGAUUGAUGGCUGUCCGUACCUUCACAUUAAAUACAAUAGGAACUCCUUGAAACAUAUAUGCAUUAAUUAAGGGCUAUUGUAGUUCAUUGUAGUCCAAGUAAAAGGAGUUUUAGUUUCCCAAUUUUACCGGAUUACUUUUCCUUAACUAGCUGUUUCUUUGGCAGUCAUUCCUACCAAUUUACAGCAUUCUAGUCAGUCACACUUAAACCUAGCACUGGCCAAAUCAGUCAUACUGGGAAUCAAACAUAACUGUCUCAAAAUCUAAUUGUGUUAUUUCUCAUAUUUAAUAAGGAUUUCAGUACAGAUUGUGCAGUAGAAGGUAGGUCUUGUUAAGUUGCCACUGGGUUUUUCAUGUUAGCAGCACAGUAUAUUAAACAUGCAAUCUUUUAGAAAACAGAAAAACUCAUUUAACUGCAUACAAAGCAUAUUAACUGGCCAAAGAGGGCAGCUUUGUAGUUUUAUGUUAUAAGGUAUUUUUUGGGUUAUAGACAGGUGUUUAUGGAAAAUACAAUGGGAUCACUUGGUACAAUCACCAUUUGUACAGCAAGCACUUUCCGUCUUGUUUCUUAAUACCUGUGUGAAGAUAUUCUUCAAAGUAGAAUGAAGAUCUAAAAUGUAUUUUAUAUAUAUAUAUUAUAUAGAAUUGUGCAGUUAUGUAUUACUUCUUCUUGCGCUUGAGAAUCCACAUAUUUUAUUUUAGCCUACUGCUUCAGUUCCUCCUUUGUGAGAACUAACUUAUACAUUAUCAGUUGAAUGGGACUCAUGUCUUGUUUCCAUAUGUAACAAUUAUAGUGCCUACUUAGCAUAAUGAUACAGGAAUGGAAUCCGUUAUCUGGAAACCUGUUAUCCAAAAAGCUUAGAAUUACGGGAAAGUCAUCUCAGAUUCCAUUUUAAUCAAAUAAUUCACAUUUUUAGAAAUUAUUAUCUUUUUUUAAAGAUAAGGUAUAGUAAUAAGACACCUUAUCUGUAAACCCCCAGGUCCCGGGCAUUCUGGCUAACAGAUCCCAUACCUGUACUUAUUUGACCAGAGAGGCUGUAUAACUGGAUUUGUUUUCUGCAACAUUUACAGGGUACAAUAUUCAAAAUAUUCUUACCUAAAUGACUUGUGCACAUAUGCCUAUGUUUUGCAUGAGUGUAUAUUGAUCCAAACCAAAGAUACCUGGGCAGCAAUAUAUAAUGGAAUUCAUGUCUUGCAAUGUUAAAGGGUAAACGAUAAUUAACUCUGGCAGUGGGAGUCUGAAAAUUAAGGGUUAAAUUGUAAAGAAAAGCCUAGAUAAUAGUCAAGGAAUACAAUGGUUUUAUUUAAGCAUUGUUAUGUUACCUGUUCCUGAAGCUUGCCAUACAUGCUUUGGCUGAUAUCAACCACACUGCUUGACCAUCAGGGCAUGUAUAGCAGGUUCAACAGACCAUCUUACAAUUGUGUUGGAUCUAGAUCAGUGAUAUUCAACCUUUUUUACUUAAAAAAAGCAUGUAUGUAAAAAGCAUUGGUGGAGUAAAACUGUGUCUCUGGGCUUCCAAAACUUACCUCCAAGCCAGAAAUGUAAAAAUGGGCACCUACUUUAAGGGCACUGGGAGCAACAUAAUAGGGGUAGUGGACAGCAUGUUGCUCACAAGCCACUGGUUGGGGAUCACUGAUCUAGAUGAUCUGACAUAGUUAGAGAGUGCAUGGUGCAUCAGCAGAUAAUGAACAGUAUCCAUACAUAUGUAUGCCUAUUUCUAUGGUAUUGAUAAAGGACUUGAUAAAGGGCCUAGGGCGGCAAAAAACGUUGCCCGUCAUACAUGUGUAUGAGCUAAAUAAACACACUUCUACACUUCUGUAAA